AUGAUGAACUAUUUGAAACGACGUUUCUCCUCCGGAGAUCUUCAAAGUGAACAUGAUGAAAGUGUCAUGACAAUGCCAACGUCAACAGAACCUCAUUCGAAUAUGUCAACACAAAGUAGUGUCACUCGUCAAUCCGGUUGGGAAGGCAAAUCAUCAACAUACACAAGUGCUCCGAGUUCUCCAACUCGAAAUCUGUCAUUCGCUGAUCAAUUUAUUAGCGUAGCACGUGGUGUUGUUAAUCAAGCUAUUCAACAGAUUCCACAUCAACAAGCUGGAACAAGUGGAUUGCCAAUAUCUCAUCAGCCAUCGCAUUACUAUUCCAAUCAAAUUCGUGAUCAUCAGGAAAUAUCCAAAGAAAAAUGUAAAUUGUUAUUAGUCAUCGAUGAUCAACAUACCGAUUGGAGUAAAUAUUUCAAGGGCAAGAAAAUCUUCGCUGAUUAUGAUAUUCGCGUUGAACAGGCUGAAUUCAAAGAUAUCAAUCUAGCAGCUUAUUCCGAUGCGGGAACAUUGAUUGAUAUUAAUAUUCAUAGAAAUGGAACGCGUGUCGUUCGAUCAUUUCGGCCGGAUUUUGUACUUGUUCGACAAUAUAUUCGUGAUAUUAAUAUUGAUUGGACGAAUAUUAUCCUUGGAUUGCAGUAUGGAGCUGUGCCGGGUGUUAAUUCAAUGAAAGCGCUGUAUAAUUUUCGAGAUAAACCAUGGAUUUUUGCAGAAUUGCUGAAUAUUCAACGACGUCUAGGUGCAGAUCAGUUUCCGUUGAUUAGUCAAGCUUAUUAUCCAAAUUAUCGAGAAAUGCUUGUUUCAACACAGUUUCCAGCUGUUGUAAAAGUCGGUCAAGCUCAUCAAGGAUUUGGCAAAAUUAAAAUCGAUAAUGCGCACGAUUUUCAAGAUUUAACCAGUGUUGUCGCUAUUAGUAACUGCUAUUCAACUGUUGAACCAUACAUUGAUGGUCGCUGUGAUGUUUACAUCCAAAAGAUCGGACAAUAUUACAAAGCGUUCAUACGAAAAUCACUGACAGGAAAUUGGAAAGCAAAUACAGGCUCAGCAAUGCUUGAACAAAUUGAAAUGACUGACAGAUAUCGAUUGUGGAUCGAUGAAAUCAGUCAACUAUUCGGUGGAUUGGAUAUUUGUGCUGUGGAAAUUGUUCAAUCCAAAGAUGGAAAAGAAUAUAUUGUUCAGAUCAAUGAUUGUUGUAUGCAAUUGCUAGGAGAGACACAAGAUGAUGAUCGGCGUUCGAUUGCUGAACUUGUCAUGCACAAAAUGCAAAUUUACUGUCGUCCCGAUAAACAUCCGACAGUCAUGACACGAAUACCAAGCGUUGAGCAACCAGCUUCUGAAUUAUCUAAAACUAGUAAAAUGCCUUCCCCGAUGACCGAAUCUGCACCAUCUCAUGCAACACCUAACAAUAAUCGUCGAGAAUUACCUCAUGUUCCUCGAAAUUCAACUAGUAAUGAUAAUAAACCGUCACCAACGGUGACUCAGAAUCCAUUUUACAAUCCAUCGACAAAUACGAAUCCAAAUAAUAGUAGUGCUCAUGUUUCUCAUGCAACUCGUUCAACUCCAUCGCAAUGGAUGGGAAAUAUUGGACAAACUCUUCGUCGACAAACAUCGAAUCUGACUGAUGGAGGAGAGACCGGCAAUAAAGAUGAAUCCGAAGAUACCUUAGCGAAUUUGAAGAAAACAUUCGCAGGAAUCUUUGGUGAUAUGACAUCCUGA